AUGGUCACUGGCCGGAAUGCGAGACCUACAACUGCCUCGGAUGUGUUUGAGGAUGCCUUCCGAGGGCGAGAGGCAAUGACAGCCGGGAGAUGGCCGGCAAAUCCGAGCCUUUAUCAGCUUAAGACAAACACCAUGAAAGCCCUAGGCUGUUUCGAUAUCCCCUGGGGACGUAGGUCUCUUACGGGUAUGAUGCAUCUGAAUUUCAAGAUGUUUCUCGUGGCGUCGCCGUAUUCGGCUGCAGGCGGCCCAGAGAUGGCACCUGUUGCUAAAUUGGGCAACUAUGAAUCUGUAGACGGAAAGCAUGGCGUCUAG